UUCAAUUUUGAGUGUAAUUCUGAAUCAACUGACAAGAUGGUGAGACCUCCUUGUUGUGACAAGCUGAAUGUCAAAAAAGGCCUCUGGACUGAAGAGGAAGAUGCAAAGAUACUUGCCCAUGUAUCAAAACAUGGAACUGGUAACUGGACUGCUGUUCCGAAAAAAGCAGGGUUUAGAAGAUGUGGGAAAAGUUGCAGACAUAGGUGGACUAAUUACUUGAGACCUGAUCUUAAACGUGAGGGCUUCACUCCCCAGGAAGAGGAGUUAAUAAUUAGGCUUCAUGCAGCUAUUGGAAGCAGGUGGUCCAUCAUAGCCCAACAGCUUCCUGGGAGAACAGACAAUGAUGUAAAAAAUUACUGGAAUACUAAGCUGAGAAAGAAACUUUCUGAAAUUGGGAUUGAUCCUGUUACUCACAAGCCUUUUUCUCAAAUCCUAGCUGAUUAUGGAAACAUUGGUGGCCUCCCAAAAUCUAGAACCCAAAUCGGAUCUCUCAAUAGAGACAUGAAGAAUACAUUUGUGAUAAAGCCAGAGCCUUAUCCUUCUCCAGCAGCAGCAGCAGAAGGAUUUUCCAACAUCAACAACCGAUUGAUGACAACAAUGGCAUCACCUGGAAUGGAACCAAUCCAGGACAACUUCAUGUCAAACAACAGCAUUAACCGUCAAGCUGACAGUGAUUCUCUGGAUCUCCUUUCUCAGCUGCAAGCUAUAAAACUAGUGACAGAAGCCUCAAACUACACUGGUUACCAAACCAUCUCACCUCCUGCAGCACAAGAAAAAUCAGGUAUAGCCUUCAGCUGGCGUGAUUUUCUUCUUGAAGAUGCAUUUUCACCAGCUGAUCAUCCGCAUGGACAAGAAGAUCACAUCCUGGAAUUCCCAUCCGAGGACAAUGAGACUAGUGCUGAACAUAUAGAUAAUAAUAACAAUAAUGGAGCACUCCAAGGAAUGGAUAGUGAGGUUCCAAGCUAUAGCUUUCGUGCUUCAUCAUCCACUGAUAGUUCAUUUGUGGCAGCCAUGCUAGAUCAAGAAAAUGAGAUGUUCUCAGAAUUGGCAAAUCUUUUGGAAGAUACUGACUGA